AACCUUGAAUUGUGCUUGGAUUGGCCUUGAUGCCGAUUUUGAUGUUGGGUGGUGAGCCACCCGAUAAUUUGAUGAUAUAUGCAGCAUAAUAACUGAUAUAGAAAAUAACUAGGACUCCUACCCGAAGCCCUGCCCUUGUUAGCCUAUGUUGUGAGGUUUGCUAUGGUGAUGUCAGAGUAUGGGGGAGGGGUGAACAAUGGCCCGUGAGCGAAAGGUAAGGCAAUAUUACGUGUACUCGCUGACAAAGGCAAAUGAAGCCUUGUUUGAUACUUAUUCAUUUUAGAGUAGGUUAUUCUAUAUUUAAAGUUGGACUAAGGCCGCAUUUGUGAAGUGGAGAUCGACGGUGGAGCACUUAGCUCCGGAUUAUCUUUGAUGUCUCUAACGGUCGAUGAAGGAGGUGCUGGGAUAUUGUGGACGUAGUAUUGAACGCUGAGCAGAAGUUGUUGAAAUAGGGAUCAGGAGGCCCGUUACCUACUUGAAAACAACGAAGCAACCAGAGCUAUCCAAGAAUGAAAAUGAGUUCAGGGGCCAGCUGUUGAACCAGAGGUGGACGCGAGGGGACAGAAUAAGCAGAUUCUGUGAGACCAAGAGGAGCCUUCGAAUCAAAAUGAGUCAAGACACAACAGAAACAAGAACACGAACUCGCUCUAAAGGCAUCAGAGUACCUGCUGAACUUGUGGGAACUGAGUUAAGCAGCUGCCCCACCCCUGGAUGCGAUGGUUCAGGACACGUUAGUGGGAGAUAUUCGAGACACAGAAGCGUUCUCGGAUGCCCAAUAGUGAAGAAGAGGAAACUUGCAGAGGCAGAGGCAGAAGAGAAUCAACCCACCCCCAAGAAAAAGAGCCCUCCCCUGAAGUUGGCCAUGGAUGAAGGUUUCACCGCAGCAGACAGUGAUGCUGGCAGUGAGACAGACCAUAAGGAGGGGGAGGAGUCAGAAGGGGAAGAGCAGAAAGAGAAGGAAAAGAAUGCAAUGCCAAACCCUCCCGAGUCCAUGAAAGCCAAUUGCAUACGGAUAGUACCCAAAGACACAGAAAAACUGACUUCUGGUGAUUCAAACACCAUAGCGUCACCCGCUGAAGACUCUCCUCAGGAAGACACGGAGGCAGCCACCACAACCCAAAAGCCGGCUUUCACUGAGGCGGACGAAAAAGAAGAAACAGAGACAGAGGAAGAGACAAACAGAUGCCAAGAGGAGGUGCAGCUAGUGGCAGAAAUACAGGCCACUGAGGAGAAGGUGGAAGAAGACGAGGAGAAAGUUGAUGAAGACAGAACAAUAGAGCAGCACAGAGGCAUUGAUGAAAAUGGGAGUGCAGCGAUUGAGGAGAAGCUAAAAGAGGAAGAAGAGGAAGAAGAGGAAGUGAAAGGGGAGAGGCAGUGUGUAAGUCAAGAGAAUUCAGAUCACCAGUACUCCAGUGGUGAUUACAGCAGGCAUCAGACAAAACAGGUGGGAGGGGAGGAAGAAGAAGAUGAAGAAGAUGAUGAAGAGAAGGAAGCAGAGGAGGAGGAGAAGGUGAUGGAGGAGAAGGAACAGGAUAAGGUGGUGGAAGACAAGGAUGAGGAGGAGGAGAAGGUGGUGGACAAGGAAGAAGAGGAGGAGGAGGAGGAGGACGAGGAAGAAGAGGAGGAGGUUUUCCACGUGGAGCCUGCCAUCUCUCCAGCCACUAGUUCUGGCAUUCAGGAAUGUGAAGAUCCAGAAGUGGCUCAAGAGGAGGUUAAGACUGGGACCACUUUGACAGAAGAUGAGGAAGAGGAGGAAGAAGAAGAUGAAACCGAAGCGGGGGAGGUAGUAGGCGAGGAGCACGACUCUCACAAAGCCUCAUCCACCGCACUGGUCAUUGACGUACAAUCAGAGGAGGAGGAGGAGGAGGAGGAGGAGGAAGAGGAGGAAGACGACUGUCUCUCUCAGGGUUCAGGCGUGACAGAUGACUCGGAGACCUGGGAUAUGACCCGUGGGAACUUGGGGCUGCUGGAGCAAGCCAUUGCCCUUAAAGCCGAGCAGGUGAAAGGACCGCAAGACGACCAACAGUCCCCGGUGCACCAGCGCUACCACAGCCCUGACAACAGAGCCAGCAAGGCCAUGGACCCGGCCAUGCGACACAGAGGACACCACAGCAAAGACAAGAAGGAGGUGAAAUGCCCUACCCCUGGGUGUGACGGGACAGGCCAUGUGACUGGGCUGUACCCCCACCACCGCAGCCUCUCAGGGUGCCCCCACAAAGACAGGAUCCCACCUGAGAUCCUGGCCAUGCACGAGAAUGUGCUCAAGUGUCCCACUCCAGGAUGCACAGGCCAAGGUCACGUCAACAGCAAUCGCAACACACACCGCAGUCUCUCUGGUUGUCCCAUCGCAGCUUCAGAGAAGCUUUCCAAGGCGGGCCAUGUCACCCCCAGUCAUCCCCAGCCCUCAGUCAGUGAGAAUCCAACUGGGAGCCCUCACUCAGACAGAGUUCUCAGACCUAUGUGUUUUGUGAAGCAACUGGAGAUUCCUCAGUAUGGCUACAGACCCAACAUGGUGCCGGCCACGCCUCGCGCCAACCUGGCCAAAGAGCUGGAGAAAUACUCCAAAGUCUCCUUCGACUAUGCAAGCUUUGACGUCCAGGUGUUUGGAAAGCCCAUGUUGGUUCCAAAGAUGCCCGCUACCAGUCAAACCUCACCCAAAGCCUUAAAAUCUAAACCACUCUCUAAGGCCUCGUCUCCCAGCCACAGCCUGUCGGGAGGAUAUGCAAAGAGCAGUUCAUCCUCGUCCUCCAGCGGUUAUGAUUACUCCCAUGAUGCAGAAGCUGCUCACAUGGCUGCCACUGCCAUCCUGAACCUGUCCACACGAUGCUGGGAGAGGCCCGAGAACCUCAGUACCAAACAGCAGGACCCAGCGGUGAAGGAAAUGGAUAUUGAAGUGGAUGAGAAUGGGACACUGGACCUGAGCAUGAAAAAGCCUGUCAAGAGGGAAGGGAUGCAAUCACCAGACCCUUCUUCAUCCUCCUCCUCCUCUUCCUCGCAGCACCCAGGAGGUAUUCCCUCGUCCCAGUCUCAGCCGCAGGAGGAAUGGGAGGUGCCUCUGGACUUCACCAAGCCUAACUGUCCCAAAGAGGAGGAAGAGCAAGAAGAGACUGACUACGUUGCCCCCUCCUACACCUCCUCUGAUGUAGAGGAUGAUGACAUCACUCAGGAGAACAUGGAAGAUAGGAAGUACCCGGGCGAGGUCACCACGUCCAGUUUCAAGGCCCAGUUCUCACCCAAAGACUGCAAGAAAGAGGUUCUGCUAUGUCCCACCCCCGGUUGUGAUGGCAGUGGGCACAUCACUGGAAACUACGCUUCACAUCGGAGUCUGUCGGGCUGUCCUCUUGCUGAUAAGUCUCUUCGGACCCUCAUGGCUGCCCACUCUGCUGAACUGAAGUGUCCAACCCCUGGAUGCGAUGGAUCAGGUCACAUCACUGGAAACUAUGCCUCCCACAGAAGUUUGUCUGGAUGCCCUCGUGCUAAAAAAGGUGCUGUGAAGGCAACCCCCACCAAGGAUGACAAGGAGGACUCUGAGCUCCUGAGCAGAUGCCCGGUGCCUGGCUGUGACAGCUUGGGUCAUAUCAGUGGGAAGUACGCUACCCACCGCAGUGCCUAUGGGUGCCCCUUAGCAGCGCGGCGUCAGAAGGAGGGUCUCCUCAAUGGUUCUCCUUUCUCCUGGAAAGCCUUUAAGACUGAAGGACCCACAUGCCCCACCCCCGGUUGUGAUGGAUCGGGACAUGCGAAUGGUAGCUUCCUGACCCACCGCAGUCUCUCUGGUUGUCCCAGAGCCUCCGUUAACAAGAAGAGAACCAGGUUCCCCGGAGAUGAGUACAUUACAGCAAAGUUCAGAGCCAGCGAUGUUCUGGAUAAUGAUGAAGAUAUCAAGCAGCUGAACAAAGAAAUCAGGGAACUGAGUGAAUCCAACUCAGAGAUGGAGGAUGAUAUGAUGAACUUGCACACACAGAUCUCAUCCAUGGAAAAGAACUUGAAGAGUAUGGAGGAAGAGAACAAGCAGAUGGAGGAGAAAAAUGAUGCUUUGUAUAUGGAGUUAUCUGGUCUGAGCCAAGUUCUGAUCCGUAGUCUGUCCAACAUUCGGCUCCCACACAUGCAGGAACCCAUGUCAGAGCAGAACUUCGACACGUAUGUGGACACUUUGACUCAUAUGUUCUCCAAUAAAGAUUGCUACCAAAACCCAGAAAAUCGAGCUCUGUUGGAGUCCAUCAACCAAGCAGUAAAAGGCAUUGAAGUCUAAUCUCUGAAAAAGGGAAAGAUGUUUAAUGGAACAUAUGAAAGAGAGAGCGUGAGAACAGAAACGAGAAAGAGGCACAGUGACAUGGUGUGUGGGUGUAUGAAACCCAACAAUCAUAAAUAAUCCUUCCUUGCUUUUGGAAUAUACUGUAUACUUGGUUUUUCUCUUAUUUAUUUUGGAGAAAAUGUGUUGUCCCUUUCGCAUUGCUCCCCCUCCCUGUUUGCAUGAAGGUUAUCAGGAUCAAAGGACACACUUGUGUGUGGCUUAGUAUGGACAUUUCAAUUAAGUAUUGGGUGUUCUUGAAUGGGUUGGAGUGAAAUUGCGUUGGUGUGGGUGUCCAGGAACCUUUUGAAGGGAAUGGUAAAAUACAGACAUCCAGUUUAUUAGUACAGAAUGGACUAAGUGCAGUAUACUGGCUCCGAUACCCCAUCACAUCGUACUCUCCUAAAUAGUGUACAUGUUUGAGUAAUGUACAUGUUUGAGUAAUUGAUUAAUGUUGAUAGUAUUUAUGAGCAUAGAUGUUACACUUGCAGGAAUAGUUUGUAGUUUCAUUACUAUUUGUUGUGUAUGAAUUUGAGUCUUAAAAAUGUCUGUUUAAUAUAUUAUUUAUUCAUGUUGUUGUGCUAAUUUUGCUUAUUUAUUCCGCAUUUAUUUAUUGACCUAUUUAUUUAUUUUUACAAAACAAAAUGAUACUGAAUACAUUUUUAAAUAGCAACUGAGAGGGGUUUGUCCUCUGCAUUGCUAAAAAAGAGGAAAUAUUUUAAAAUAGCUAUAAAUUGUUUUAUAUAUCUUAUUAUUUAUUUGAAAUACUGGGAUCUUUUUUAAGUGCAAAUAUUUUGUAAUCAACAAGUUUUGAUAAUUUUUUUAAGAUUUUGCUUUUGUUUAUUAUUUCUUUUAUUUCCAUAAAGUAUUUUAAGACACCUUACAAUGAACGGGGAAAAAUGUGAUGUAUGUAUUUAAUAUUUAUUUGAGAACAAAGUGAAUGGAGAUGUUGGUGUAUAUUUAUUUUUUAUUGUCUCUGUGUUAGUGAUGGCUGUGUAUGGAUUAGUCUUUGCCCAUGUUGUUAUUGAAAUAAAGGAAAACUGUGCUAAGA